ACACACGGUACAGUCAAGAUGGCUGCUAUCGCCAUUUCCACCCCCAUCGUGGCCCGUGCCCCCGUGGUCGCCCGCCGCGCGCGCGUCACCGCCCGCGCGGCCGUCGCGCCCGCCGCGAAGCCUGCCGUCUCCAUCGGCGCUCGCACCAUGAUGUCCGGCUCUCGUGUUGAGUCCCGCAACAUGCAGGUCGCCUCCGGCCGCAAGGCUCUUGUCUGCAACGCGGGCGGCGUCCAGAAGGCUGCCCCCGGCGAGAAGAAGAAGGUGUUCGGCCUCAACCUCCCCGAGAACGAGUCCCUCUCCUUCCUCAUCCUCGCGGGCGGUUCCCUCGGUUCCGCCCUCGGUUUCGCCGCGCUCCAGGAGGGUGUGUUCCGCAUCCCCGGCUUCAAGUUCGGUGCCUGGAUGACCAUCCUCACCACCUUCACCUACUUCCUCUGCGGUGCCCUCGAGAUGAAGCUCACCAACGACUCUCGCAAGGCCUCCUGGAAGAACUACGGUAUCCUCUCCGUGUACACCUACGGUGGUAUGGCGAUGACCAACUACGCCCUCUCCUACCUCAACUACGCCACUCGCAUUGUGUUCAAGUCCGCGAAGAUCAUUCCAGUGAUGGCUUUCUCCGUCCUCAUCGUCGGCAAGAAGUACGACUGGAAGGAGUGGCUCUCCGCCGCCAUCCUCGUCGCGGGUAUCGUGCUCUUCACCCUCGGUGACGUUGCGUCCUCCCCCGCCUUCGCCCCCAUCGGCGUCGCCCUCAUCGCCGGUGCCCUCUGCGUUGACGCCAUCUGCGCCAACUUCGAGGAGAAGAACUUCUUCCGCUGCGAGAACCCCUCCACCACCCAGGAGGUCCUCUGCUUCGCCUCCCUCAUCGGUACCUUCUACGGUCUCAUCCCCUUCAUCGCCUCCGGCAAGGCUGGCGUCGCCAUCGCCCACUCCAUGCAGUACACCCAGGUUGUUCCCAUGAUCAUGGGCUUCUCCGUCUUGGGUUACUCCUCCGUGUCUUUCAUCCUCUCCCUCAUCAAGUACUACGGUGCCACCGAGGCUGAGAUCAUCAAGUCCCUCCGCAAGGUGCUCUCCAUCGUGAUCUCCUUCAUCCUCUUCCCCAAGGCGCUCAACUGGAAGUACAUCGCCGGUUUCGCCGCCGUCCUCGUCUCCACCGCCUACACCUUCUACCUCAAGGGUGAGAAGCGCAAGGCUAAGGAGGCCGCCAAGGCCGCUGCCUCCGCCUAAGUGUUGAGAAGCUACGAAUUGGGAAAAAUUAGGGAACUCGUGCAACGGGAGCAGGAGGAUGGAUGGACAUCGACCGCGAGUUGUACGAGCGCACGCACGCCGCAAACUUAUUAACAAAAUUCUUUAGCACCACGCUCCUGUGGCGCAGUAGCGAUUAGCGCCUCACACACUUUGUCAUAAUAUUUGAGCAAAGAUUGAG